AUGGCCUUUGAUCACUUUAUCUUAUCAACUUCUAAUAGAAUAUUCGAAACUAAUGGCCAUCAAUUAUCAUUAAAAUCCUGUAUUGGAACCUCUAAAGCUCCAUUUACAUCAAAAAGAAGACUACGCUUUUCAUCUGAUAUGAGGUUUGAUAUUGACAUGAAAACAGAAGGUACAAUAUCCCUAGCAACCAGAAGCACACCAGACAUGAUACUUGAAGAAACAACACCCAGGAGAGCAACACCCACAGCAACCAAUGAGGCACCAAACGUGGUAUUUGAAGAAGCGAUGCUUGAAAAAACAGCAUAA